UUAGACCCGAGGCAAUGGUCGGAAACAGCUGUUAUGCACUGGCUGGACUGGGCCAUCAGGGAAUUUUCGUUAGCUGGAGUAGCGAUGCAGCCCUGGCAACACAUGACCGGAAAACAGAUUUGUGCCAUGGGGAAGGAAUCCUUUUUGGCACGUGCUCCUGCCUUUAUGGGGGACAUCCUGUGGGAGCAUCUCGAGAUGCUUCAAAAAGAUGUCGACGUGGAAAAGGCGUCUUUGGAAAAUGUGCCCGCCAAUUUAUACGAGAGUGUCUGCGUCCCGGAUUUGGGCGAUUUCUUAGGCUAUCAGAACGCGGCGAAUCCAGUCGCCACAUCGGAACACAAAAGUCCAGCGACUCCUGCCAGUUCGACGACUUCAAACUCUUCCGGCCCACAACGUUCGUCUCAAGCAAUUCAGCCACCUGCGUCGAUCAUCCCUCUACCGCCGAGGCAAUUUCACUCCGAAGGAGGUUACAAUCACCUACGCAGUCCAGUGUGUCAGGAUGACAAUCAAAGAGAAAACUCACCACCACCACCUCAUAAUCACAGCAAUCAACCGCCAAACAAUUCUCAUUCAACCACUCCUAGCAGCAACUUGAACAACAACAAUAAUAACAAUAAUCCAAACACUAAUAGCGCCUACAUCCAUCUACGAAAUUUAAAUCAGCUCAAAACGGAAUCAAACUACAGCAAUCAUCAUAUAACGGAACAUAUACAAAGUGGAGGAGGCGGACUACCCAGCGGCGGCGACCUUGGAGCGAGUGGCAACGAAGUCGAUCUGCGGGUCAGCAACUCGACAUCGGAGAGUUACAUGACUCCUGCCCAUUAUUCUGGCUAUGAUGAGACUUCCGAGUAUCACAACUUGCCGCAGGAUCAUCAGCCACCUCAUCCCUAUAAUCUCGAUGGAUCUCCCGAAUUCUAUAGUGCCAGUGGUAUUCAGCUGGAACCAAAGUACCAGCCACCUCCCUUCAAAAACUACUCAAGAGGUCGUUAUCAUGAGGGGUACAGCGAAGGAGGGUACGGCCAGUACGACGCAUCGUCAUUCCAAACGGUCCCAGGCAGCGGAAGUGGGACUGGCGGGGGUGGCGGUGGCGAUCAAUGGGGAUCGAUGGGUCCACUCGGUGAACACUUAUCGCAUCAUCCUGCUUUCUUAGCUGGUCUAGGACCCAGGGAUUCAUCAAAUCCCCAUCAUCCCUCAGCCAUUGGCAACAAUCCCGACCAGAAACCCCUUCUUCAAAGCGCCAUGUUGGCUGGCUACACUGGAAGUGGUCCUUGCUUCACGGGCUCUGGUCCAAUUCAAUUGUGGCAAUUCCUAUUAGAACUUUUAACGGACAAAUCGUGUCAAGGGUUCAUUUCGUGGACCGGUGACGGUUGGGAAUUUAAACUCACAGAUCCAGAUGAAGUUGCACGGCGAUGGGGAAUAAGAAAAAAUAAGCCGAAAAUGAAUUACGAGAAGCUUAGUCGCGGUUUGCGAUAUUACUACGACAAGAAUAUUAUUCAUAAAACUGCCGGUAAACGAUACGUUUAUCGCUUUGUUUGCGAUCUCCAGAGUCUCUUAGGAUACAGUCCCGAAGAAUUGCAUGCAAUGGUGGACUUGAAGCCGGAGAAAAAGGAAGAAGACUGAGAAUUCGUUGGGAAUUGUGCACUAAAGAAAAAAAAUUGUGUCACUGACAAACGACUAUCCCAAUCUUUUAUAUAUAUAUAUAUAUAUAUAUAUAUAUAUAUAUAUAUAUAUAUAUUGAUUAAAGAACAAAAAUAAAAAAUAGGAAAGAAAGUGAUGUGUGAAUUUUCAGAAAGAGAGCGAGAGAGAAAUGUAAUUUGAAAAAACUUAUGGAGGACCAAUUAAGCGUCUUCGUUAAAAAUAAAAAAACAUUGUUGAAAAAUGAAUCGGUCAUAUGUACCAAAGACAGGGUCCGCAUACCAUUGGUGCCUAAAAAAAUGAUAGAAAAAAAGAAAGAAACGACUAAAUUGUGAAUUUGUUCUUAAGUGAUUAUUUGCCACACAAGAUUUUUAGAAGAUAUUUAUAGGAGUAAACUCGACAAUUUAUACAUAUUAUAUAUAAUAAACAUAUAUAUUUUUAAUUAAUGUUACGUGAUUUCUAAGCACCGUGGCAUCAAAUCAUCGAAACGAUGCAUCUAAAUUAUUUUAUGUCGCAUCAUUUAACAUGUGUGUUAUAUCUCGUUUGAUAGAUGACGCGAUAUGUGAUUGUUAUUUACUCUAAUUUUACUACAAUAAAUCAUUAUAACUCAA